AUGUCUACAUUGGCCAAUGUUAGGCAAUCGAUGGCUAACUCAACGCAAGGUAUCGGUGGGAUAGUCUCCGGGGUGUCUGCAACCAUAGUAGCAGCGACGGCUUCUGCUUCCGUAGUAGCCACAGAACCCAUGACGGAAAACCGGGCAGUACUGUUUGGUAAGGCAUUUAUCCUGGCCAUUGGUGAAACAGCACAGGAGUCAAUCUUGGACUGGGACCGGUUUGGUAUUUCCAUUACUUACUGUUGCAGUGUCUAUGGUGUCACAUGUUUAUUGAUGGCCUUGAUUUUGAAUAGAACCGUUGUAUUGGCCCUGACCAACACUACUAGGUUACAGCAAAUGCGUAUCCGUGAAGGAAUUCAAGGGAGAGGUGGGGUUAGAGGUGUUGCCUCGGGCACUACUCAGUGGCGCGUGCAUGUCACCAAAGCCAUCAAAUCAUCGACCAUGGUGACUCUUCGAAUUGCUGCCAUUUUGGCAUUAAUUUACAACAUAUGGAAUGUCUUGGUGGCAUUGGAUUUUGUCAAGAGAUUUACAACCAAGAAUAGAUCCGGUCUUUCCGACUACUUGAUAUAUAAUCCAGAUAAUUUCGUGGGUACCUAUAUGGCAACCCCUAGAGAUCAAGUUCAAAUCGGCCCCACUGCCGAUCUUUAUUGGCCCGUGUUCCUUUCCUUUUGUUUCUCACAAUUUGUAGAAACUUUUGUUUCUGUUGUCACGGGUCAGAAACCAUUCAAUGAAGCUGGAGUCACACUUUUUGAACAUUCGUUUGCAUUUCAUCUGGUUUCAUCCAAAAUUGGAGUCUUGUACCAUGGUCUGAGGAUCUAUUCAAGACCAACAGAACCAAUUUUGGUAUAUACUCUCUUCCUGUUGUUCAACCACUUGAAUAUCCAUAUCGGUGGGUUGAUGAACCGCAACAAGUACAGAUUAAUACCUCUGGCCCUUUUGGGUCUGACAUUCAUGGUGUAUGCAUAUAAAGUUGCAGCCAGGGAGUUUAAUCGUUGGGGUGGUGGCAUAUUGGGUGUAUAUCGUGCAUUGUCUCAGUUCCCAGCCAUUAUCGUCAUGGCGUAUAUCCCACAAUAUCUUAUCGCAUUGGUUAUUCUGGUUUGUCUUUUGAUUGGAUCUCUUGCCUUCCUUUCAAAUGGUCUUUCCCUUGAGAAUUUGAAUUAUGCAGGGUUUUUCCAAAUGGGUGGAGAUGAUGAUCCAGAAUUCAUUACUAGAAACUUCAAUGUUCAUUGGACUGAUGAUUUCUAUACUUUUGUACUCAAUUUGGGUACUCUGGCGAUUUCUAUGGCAGGGAAAUCAUGCUAUAUCAAAGAAUUGGGCAUCAUAGCUGUUUAUGAAAACACUUGGUUGGAAAAUAAGGCAAUUAUGUCUAAAGGUUAUGGUAAUAUGAUUGUAUCGCCAACCAUGAAAUUAAUUGAAGGAGAUGGGAUUCAAGAGUCUGGGGAUUUGUCAUUAAAUGAAAAAAGUAUUGCGAAAAUGAGAAUUAAUAUAUUGAUAAAAUCACUUCACGAUCUAUUUCAAUUGGGUACUUCAUUAUCUAUCAAUGCUAUAAAUAAAAUAUUGAGAAGAAGAGAUACAAUUAAAGUGAUUCCUACAUUUCUUAAUAAGUUUAUGGUACCUCCUGAUAGAACCUCGAAUCCUGAACAAGUUUAUAUCAAUGUGGAUGACAUUCUGGAUCCAGACACACUUUUACAAGUGGUUAUAAAUGGGAGACUUUCUGAUAUCGAUAAUUCAAACGAUUAUAUUCCUGAAGAUGAUUUGGAAGAAUGUGAAGAAUCUGACAUUGAAAAUGAACAAGAUGUCCCAUUUACCGAAUUGAUUUCUGCACUGGAUUUUGCAGAAGAUCUCCUUCAUUCCGGACAACAAUUGCGUUAUCAUAUGGAUUAUGAUUAUUCAGAGGCUGGGAUUUUAACGAGAUCACGUUACCAACGGCUUGCUAAUGAAAAUGAUACCAGUAGAGCUGUUUCAUCAAGAUCAAGUGAACCUGAACUUGAUGAUAGUGCAAAAUUAUUAGAAUUGCUUGUGGAGAAAAGAUCAAAUGAAGGAGCUAAAAAGUCUACAUCAGACGAUGAUUAUAUGGACACUCGUUUUGAUUGUGUGGUGUGUCAAGUUAAUACAAGAGAAAUCAUUACUUGGCCAUGCAAAUGUUUUGCAGUAUGUGAGCAAUGUCGUUUGAGUUUGGUAGCUAAGGGUAUGGAAGGAUGUGUCUGCUGUAGAAGGGAUGUCGAGGGAGUCUCGCGUAUAUAUGUUCCAUAA